AUGGGACAAGGUGGCUCCAAGAUCAGUGAUCAAGACAAAGCAGUGUAUGAGCUCAAGAAACAACGCGACAAUAUCUUGAAAUACCAAGCAAGGAUUCAACAUGUAUCAGAUAGACAACUUGAGUUAGCCAAGGAGCUGUUGAAGAGUGGGCUUAAGGAAAGAGCUAAGUUCUACCUCGGAUGUCGUAGACAUCAAGAGCACCUUGUGAAGAAGAGUUUUGACCAGUUGGAGAAUAUUGGACUGUUGAUCAAUACCAUUGAGUUUAAGUUGAUUGAAAGGGAUGUGAUCUAUGGGUUGAAAGUGGGGAAUCAGACAUUACAACAGCUCAAUAGUGAGUUUAGUGUUGAGAAGAUAGAUAGUAUACUAGACGAUUUAGAAGAUAACAAGAUCCAAGUUGAACAGGUGCUGAGCUUGUUGGGAAGUUUGACCAAUGGGGAGGAACGAGAUGUGGAUGAAGAACUAGAGAGACUUGAACAGGAACUCGGGACCAAGGAAGAAGUUAAAUCUGAUUUACCUGAGAUGCCAGAUGUUCCUAAUCGAGAGCAUAUGCUACCUACUGUUCCUGAUACAGAACCAGAGUCAGAGCAGGAGGAGAAGAAGCCAGAAGAAGCUGUUGAACAAAGAGAAGCUAUAUUAAACUCGUGA